GAAGAGAAAGGCAGUCCCCACCUACGACAUAGUGUUUCCUAUCAACGAUCUCUUGUAAGAAAAUGAAUUUCACUGGAAAGAUGACCCCCAGCCAACAACAGUCUGAUGAGAAUGUACAUAGCUUUUUCAAACCAUCUCAGAUGGCAAUGGGUCCUCCCAGGCAAAGACUGCAGGUCCUCCAACCCUUAGCUGGCAACAAAGAUUUGGGAAGGUCAGCUGCUCAGGUUGGAAAUAUUAUUCCCAAACGGAAACUGUGGAGCUCAGAACAAACUAGAGGUCCAAAGAGGGUGAAGGUAGAGGUCAAAUCUACACAAACAGAAGAAACUCAGUGUUCGACAGAUGGCAUGACCAGUGAAGCAUAUGAUCUUAUGGUCGUCGAAACUCCUCCUUCCAACUACUGGAAAGAGACAGCUGAGGAGCGUCGGAAGGCCUUGUACGUUGUUCUACAGGAGAAUAAGAAGAUGCACAAAUACAUUGAGGCCAAAGAGGAACAGAUAACACAGCUAAAGUGUGAAAAUGAAGAGCUGCAGGUGCUGGCACAGCACGUACAGUACAUGGCAGAUAUGAUUGAGAGGCUGACUGGGAAGAGUCCAGACAAUAUGGAGGAACUGCAGGAUAUUGCUCUUGAUGUGGAAGAUGAUGAGGAGGAUGAUGCCGACUCUGAUAUCAGUCAUAGUGACUCGGUGGAAGAAGAGCCCUCAGACCAUGAAGAAGAGCCCUCAGACCAUGAAGAAGAUGAAGAUGAGACCUCAGACCAUGAUGAAGAGACCUCAGACCAUGAAGAGACCUCGGACCAUGAAGAAGCUGGACCUUCGUCAGAGCAGGAUUAACUGACACAGCUCUUCUCUGUCAUGGGACUUUGACCUGCUUAUACAUGUUUGCAGAUUUAGGCUAAAGUUUUCUUUGGCAGCAACAAGUGGCCAUCCAUUGACUGAAUUGGCUUUACAAAGUAAUUUAUUUACUCGAAACUGAAAUAGUUUUAAAUGCCUGCAAUUUUUAUAUUUUUCGGCCUUUAACAGACGGGGGCUUGUUUUAUUGGUUUUGAUUGAGAAGUUUGUGUUAAAAAAGAAGCCAUUGUAGGCCUUUUACACAGCAGACCUUUUUGGCAGGUCACAGUAGGAGAAGCGCAGGUGUGAGUAAUAACAAAGGCUGCUUUCCAUUAGUGCUGCAGGUCCCCAGUAGGGUGCAUUGGCUUACUGACACACUUGACCAGAGCCAUUGUUGGUGUUUUUGGAUAAGUCGCAGCACGGAUGACUUUGUUGCAACUGGUGGACUAACACAAAGCCCUGCAGCUCCACCAGGUACGCUGUCGGCUGUCUGAUGCUAGAGAAAGGAUUUAGGUACUACCCAAACCCCUGUGGGGUCUUUUCCUUUGACAUUAUAACUCAAUAUGACACCAUGUGACUGAAACCCCUGUGCUUUUCCUACUGUGACAAGUUAAGCCUUAUUGAUUUUGCUACCUUCCUGAUUAUAUGUGGCCUGUACCAUAAAGUGUUUUGGUUUACACUGUAAAAAUGUUAUCCUUAUGGCACAGCUCUGUACGUAAUGCCUUGUUAAAAUAAACACUUUUUCUAGGAAAAACGAA